CUUACGUAUUUUACACGAAUAUACAAACCAAACAUGGAAUCUAAAACGAGAAUGAUUCAAGCUGAUGUUGAAAGACUAGCAGAAUUGCAAGCUGCAUCAAAAUUUGUGGAGAAAGAAAGAAAACGCCCAGACAUAAAAGAUCCCACAAAAGAGCCCAUGUCAAAAGAAGUAAUCAACGUUAAAUCUCCCACAUUCUCUAAAUUCAACUUACCUCGUCUUUCCUCGGAAAUUGGACCUGAAAUAUUUAACAAUCCUUCAAUAAUUCCAAAAAUUAAACCGUUCGUUCCAUCGUAUGUUUAUGGAAUUAACACUGAUUGUGAUAUUCUAAACCUGAGUAAUGAGGAUACUAUUCGGGUGUUCUAUACGGCUGCUCAUAUUGGAGUUCUGUAUGAUCUUUGCAAACAGAAGUACGUGUUCUUCGAGGGACACAGAAACAGAAUAAUUACCGCUUGUGCUGAUGCUCGUGCCAAGUUUAUUGUUACCACUGACUGUGGACACGAUUCAGUUCUUAUUAUUUGGUGUGGCAAAAAGUAUACUCCAUUAUUUACUAUUUUUGACAUCUAUCCGAAUCAUGGUGCGGCCGUAGCCAGAAUAAGCUACAAUGCAAAGUACUUAAUUACUGUAGGAUAUGUGGAAACGGAUGAUUGCUACUCCAUAGAUUUGUGGAUGUGGACAGAUGGAAAUCAAGAGCCAGAUUUCUCCAUACCCAUUAAAAAGUCACAUGGAAAGCCUAAAAAAGUGUGUUUCCAUCCAACUCGUAAUGAACAUUUAAUGGUGAUUUUCGAAAAGCAAGUAUUUUUCUUGGUCAUCGACAUCGAAGCCAAAACUUUAAUAAACUUCGUAGCACCUCAUAUCACUUUUAAAAAUAUCCUAGGUGUAUUUCAUUCGGGUACAUACAUCGACAAGAGACACCGAUGUUUUGUGACAAGCGAAAAUGGCUUUGUUUUAAUUUUUGCCAACACUCUGUAUUUAAGAACUUACCUUGAAGCUAAACUUAAUAACACAAAAAUCUAUUUGAAAGCUGUGAAAAUAUCAAAAUCACCAUUGGUAGAAGCUCGAGAGCAAAUGGAAAUAAUAUGUUUGGGUGAUGCAACUGGACACAUUUAUUUAAUGGAUCUGUCACUAACAAUAGUGUUCUACUUUGAAAGACCACAAAUAAUGACUUUGAAAAAAAUAGGCGUAUAUUAUCCUUACGUUACAACAGAAACCCACUCGGCUGAAAUGAUAUAUCCUGUGGAAGAGGGCGAUUAUCCCUCAGAUGACGAGCAAAAUGGACUAGAUGAUCAUGAUCGCGAAGAAGGAGAGCAAGAGGAGGAAAGUAAAUGUAAACACAUUCAACUGCAUGUGGUUUUGUCGGACUUUACUACGAGUAGGAAACCAUUAAAUAUGUCACCUUGCUUCGUUUUGACUAAAUCAUGCGGUCUUUACUACAUCGAUUUCAUGAAAGAAAUCCUAACGCCAAUAUUUCCUCUUGUUGAGUGUCCAAUAACAGCUAUUGAAACUCAUUUCGAGUUACCACUGUUAAUUAUAGGACAUGAAAAUGGUGUGCUCAAAAUUAUAGACUAUGAUAAACGUGUCUUGGUAAGUCAAGAGAAGAUAAAGAACAGCGACUCCUACAGUCCCGACUUGGAAAAUCCAACUGCCAUUUCAUGUAUAAGAUACUCCAAUGAAUCAUUACACUUAGUUUGUAGCAAUAACAUUGGAGAAAUCCAUGUCUUGGAUACCAUAUCACUGAAGACUAUUUCAAAGAAACCAAUAAGAAUAUCUAAUGCAAAAAUUGUAAAUAUUGUUUUCAAUUUCAACUCCAACCAAUUUGCCUAUUAUGACAACGAAAAUUCAGUAGUUCUUUUCUAUUUCAAUUGUACGAAAAAAGAAUGGAUCGGUUUAGGUAAAUUGAUGCCCCAUUAUCUCGGUAUCAAUGAUAUAUUGUUCACUCCUGUUUUCGACAACUCUUGCCUUGUCACAAUUGGAGAAGAUAGAUACAUUGUAAAAUAUAAUAAUGUUGGACUUGGACCAGAUGAUACGUUCGAUGUGCUAGUUAGGGAAAGAAUUGAACAGUCAGCUAUUCCCAAAUGUUUCGUGUACUUUUGUAAACACUAUGAAGAUUCAUUUCUUGGGUACUAUCUCAUUGUAGACGACAAAUACAAAUACAAACUGUUGAAUGACUUAACCAUGAUGACUAGGCAAGUAUCUUUAGGACCAGCUUAUGGAGCAUACAAAGGGCAUCACAUCAAAAAAAUUAUGUUGCCAGACAAAUUGGAUUACAAAUACUAUAUAUUUAUGAUCGACAAACAAAUAGGUCUUCAAUUAAGCACACUGGACGGAAAUCCCUACAGCUACGUGGGGUACACCGCACAUCCAACCCCAGUGGUUGAUUUUGCUCUUUCACAUAAAGGAACUCACAUAUUCACGUUUUCCGAAAAUUCUAACAUCUUAUUUCAAUGGGAAAUAAGACCUAAUGCGGUAGAGCUGGUUCAUUUAUUGGGCGGGAAGGAAUUUGAGCCCUUUUAUUGCCUGCUGGAGGGAGGAAAGAACGGUUGGUUGUUUCAAGAAAUACAGGAUUUGUUCUUCUACAUGCAGAUUUUAAAUCAAGGCGAGAACAUUGUGUUGCCGCGGAAAUUCAGCGACACUAUUGAAAUUUCUGAGCUGCCAGAUUUGGUAAGAGCUUGUGGAUAUUAUCCUUCAGAAUUUGAGAUUGAAAAUUUAAUGAUUGAGGCCAGAUACAAGGACCUGGACGACCUUGGUGAAGUCAAAACGCAGAUUACGUUUUUCGACUUUUUGAAGCUAUACAUUAAUCACAGGCCAGCUCAUGGAUAUUCCAUGGAAGAAUUAAAAGAUAUUUGGUUCGGCUUCGCUAGCAUACCGGAAAAUGCGGAUGAUGACGGUGUGAUUUAUAAAAAUGAAUAUUUAGAGAUACUAACGACUUUAGGUGAGAACAUCCCGUUAGACAAUCUAAAGAAAUGUUUUUCUACUUUGGGAAAAAGAACUGCGAGUAAUGAUGAUGACGAUGAAGUAUUUAGUAAUACAAUGGAUUUUGACACAUUUGUGGAUGAUUUACUUGGAAUCGAAAUGAGAGCAACUGAUGUAAGUGAAAGGGAGGAUACUUUGAGUAAUAGUGUACAAAGUGAUGUUGUCUUGCAAGAACCAGUAGAACUAGAAUUUGAUGCCACAUCAUUUGCAAAUAUGUAAAUAAAUUUUAUAUU